AUGGCCUCGCUGGCCUUGUGGCGGAUGUCCUGGCUCGACAUUCUAAGGAUCGGGAGGUGGAAGCACCAGCAGGCGAGGGAUGGGGCAAAAAGGGUCCUUCAACUGUAACCAACUGUCGGAUGAUGACUACCAUCUCGAGGGCCCGAAAAUUUAUAGUAUCGGGCUUCGUGUCACCACUUCACACCUGUCCCUUCAAUUACGCUUCAACUUGUGGGCCAACGGAUCUGUCUCCCCCCCUCUCUCUUUCUAUCUCUCUCUCUCUCUCUCUCUGAGAAGAGGUCAACGGUUGGGUGACGUGUGAAGUGGGUCCGAUUCCUGACUCGGCGGUCUUCCGAUGGAAUUAGUUAAAUAAACUUAAUUAUGGAAAUAAAUAGUAAAUUCGAGAAUCAAACCCGGUUCAGCGGAUUUGCUUGACUCGAAACUGUCCCAGAGUCGGUAAUGGGCUGAUCAGACGGUCUAGUUUGCGCAAUCCGUAUAAGCCAUACGGUGAACCCCGCGUGGAGAUUGGCCUACGUCGUCUGUUCGAUCGGACGGUCGAGAAACCUGCGUGGAUUCGAAGCAGAGAGGAUCUGCUUAAUAGGGUUCGCCGGCUUUACACCUGGCUGCGUUUGUUUUAUUUUUCCCUCCCUCUCCUCCUCGAGCUCUUCCCGUGUUCAGGUCGGUGGGCAGGAAGGCGGCGUCAAGGAGCUCCUAGGUUUGCUCGGGCGUCAUCGUCCUCCCGUGAGGGUUUCUAUUCUUUUCCAUUUCCCAGGCGACGCAUGACGCGUCUUCCGGGUGUCGCCGGGUUUUUUGUGACCGGGGUUUUUGUUGUCUGUUGUUCUUCUUAGAAGGCAGUGGCAAUGCAGCAAGCGGUGGACUGCCCUAACUUCAAGCUCGUCAUCGUUGGCGAUGGAGGAACCGGUGGCGCCUCUCUCUUAGUUUCGUUUGAGCAUAUCAUCUUUCUUUUUAUGCACGUUCUACGUUCGUUUGUUUGGGUUCCCUGGGGAUGGUGUCAAAUAUUUUCAUUAGGAAAUGGCAAUGCUUUAAGAUGACGAAGGUGAAAAUUUUCAAUGUCAUGUACUUUCGGCUCCAUAUACAUGUCAAGCAGCGCUCAUAUUUGGGGAAUCGUUUCAUGUUUAGGUUUCCCCCAACGUUUGUGUAAGCAAAUAGGAACUGAAAUUAAAUAAUGGGCAUGCAUUAUAUUAUAAGAGUUUUCGUGAUGCUCGACUGAAAAAUUUAGAAUAGGAAAUAUGGGCUAUGGAAAAUAUCUAGGACCUAUGUUUCAUGAUGCCGGACGCAAAGUCCUUCUCCUCGUGUUGCACUUUUUGAAUCUCGAUCCUUGAUCCGUUGCAUGUGUUCCGGCGCCUUAUGCUCAUAGCUAGUUGCUAAGGUUUCUGAUUUAACAAUUUAAAAUUUUAAUAAUUUAAUUUUUUUGCAGGGAAAACUACAUUUGUGAAAAGGCAUCUCACUGGAGAGUUUGAAAAGAAAUACGAACGUAUGUGCCUUUUUUAUGUUAAUGUGUCCCGGCGUCAUUUAGAUCUUUAGAAGGUAAGCCUUUAAGAUGUCAUUUAUCUCAUUUAAUAUUUAUUUUGCAGCGACCAUCGGUGUUGAGGUUCACCCUUUGGAUUUCUUCACUAAUUGUGGAAAAAUCCGUUUUAAUUGCUGGGACACUGCUGGUCAAGAGAAGUUCGGUGGCCUUAGAGAUGGAUACUAGUAAGUUCUGUAAUUUAUUUUUGCAUUUAUGACAACUUGUAUAUAUCACAUCUUGUCAUAUGUGCUUGAUUUAGGUACUUUUAUUCUCAUUUCUUAUUCCUAACGUGAUUCUUUCCGCAAUUAGUAUUGAUUUAGGCUUGAACAAGCUGCUUUAUUCAGUUUUUUUGUGUUUUCCAUUGUUCUUCAGAAUGCAAAAGCGUUUUCCGUUUGUUGGGCUGUUUCUGAUGAGUUCGUGACUGUUAUCGCAGAUUUUUAUGUAACUUUUUGUAAUUUUUAUACUGAAGUGGAUAAUACUUUUUUUUCCUUAUGGGUCAUAUGAUCAAGGACUUUGGUCGCUUGACUGUUGAGUCGUCGAUUAUAGUUGUAUUGGAAUGGAGCAUGUUUUACCAUCUUCACUGCUGAACCUGAGAGUGAAAAGAACCCUAUUACUAUUGACUUAUUGCAAAGAAUAUCCUCUUUCCUUCCUCUUGGCUUGUGUUCUUCCCAGGUUCUCCCGACCUGGAGUCAGUCAAUAAUUCGAGCAUAUUCUCUUGCUUGUCUGACUUGAUCUUUAACUUCAUUGCAGCCCUUGGGGUUGUGACACCUAGAUAUAUCUAGAACACGGGGUGACCAAUGAAUUGUCCCAUUAUCAGAUCAAUAAGUGCCCCUGAUGAAAUCACUCCUGCCAGUGCUGGUUGAGAGCCAUGUGACAAUAGUAACAUCAAUGCAGUUCCCUGCACCACAGUUCAAAAGUAGCAUUAUCCCCACUGGGUGAGGUCAGGUGGCUGGUUACAAAAUCUUCUGGGUUAUAGGAAGUCUCUCACCUUGUUGGAAUGAUUGUUUGAUGGGACCUUUUCAUGAUUUGAAGCUAAAUCUUCGCUGGUCAGGGAUAAAAGUAGCUGCUUCGGUUUCACCGAAAGCAUUGAUGCAAAGGAGAUAAUUUUAAUAGGGAUUCAUUUCCGCACCUGAUAUACUAUAUGAUAAUCACCUCAUGCAUUCUUGCUGGUUAUUAAUGGUUUACUAUAUUUCAUCUACAGCAUCAACGGGCAAUGCGCUAUCAUCAUGUUCGAUGUCACUGCUCGGUUGACAUAUAAGAAUGUGCCCACAUGGCAUCGCGAUCUGUGCCGGUUCGUGACGUCUUUCUCAAACUGUUUUCUCUCCUGAUCGAGAGAACCAUUCUGAAUGUCGUCAAAUCUUGAAACAGGGUGUGUGAGAAUAUCCCAAUAGUCCUCUGUGGCAACAAGGUCGAUGUCAAGAACAGGCAAGUGAAGGCCAAGCAAGUGACUUUCCACAGGAAGAAAAAUCUGCAGUACUAUGAGAUCUCUGCCAAGAGCAACUACAACUUUGAGAAACCCUUCCUUUAUCUUGCUAGAAAGCUCGCAGGGUACAGUGAACCGUCCCCUUCCUCUCGGGCAUUAUUCCUUCACACCCUGCUUUUUUUGUUCAACCCUAACCAUGUGAACCCCCUUCUCUUCCCCAGGGAUCCCAAUCUUCACUUCGUCGAGUCUCCAGCCCUCGCCCCACCUGAAGUGCAGAUCGACUUGGCUGCGCAGCAACAGUGAGCAUAUUCCCCUCCUGCCACGCCCUCUUUAAUCUAUAGGCUUCAUUCUUCAUUACGCUCUCUUCUCUGCAGGCAUGAGGCUGAUCUUGCUGCUGCUGCCGCUCAGCCGCUUCCAGAUGACGACGAUGAUGCUUUUGACUGA